UAGGGUGGCAAAAGUCGGGCCCUCAAUGUAAAAGUUGUUCGAAUACUUGAAAACUUCGUUGCUGAUGGGACGGGAAAAUUAUUUUGCGUAAUUUGUAUCGUACUCUAUCAACUGUACACAUAUCACAGUCUGGAUUAAUCGUCGUUCCAUAAGUCGGCACAAAUUGACAAUAUAGACAAAAUUAAAGUUUUUUAAAAAGCAGUAAUUAACUAACGAUCGUUAUGCUCUAGAUAUCCGUCAAUUCAAACUAUUGUGUGACUAUUGAGAAUGCAGAGAAGAUUACAUGCAUCACAGGAAUCAUCUUGACAAGAAUUUUCACUUCCGUCUCACAUUCCUUUGGUUCUGGUUCCUUUUUGCGGGGUCGGCCGAGGCAGCCAAAGAGCUAGGAAACCAUUUACAAUUAACGGCAGGAUCAAUAGUUAUCGAUGAAAGUUAUCGCAUGGCAUUUGUCAUCGCGGGCCAACAUGAACGGAGUAAGCUUGACGACCCCCGCCUCCCUCGUUCCUCACAGUCUAACUAACCUGUUUACAAUCGAUAAAUUUAUUUUGGUGACGUGCGCCUGAAUCCAACUCGCCUGUUAUUCCGCGGCGGACGAAGGUGCACCCUGAUCACAUCAGCGAAGUUCAUCCCCGGAUUAAAUCAGGGGAAAGCGUUAAAUCACGUGUGAUCGCGUGUAUCUCCGGCCAGUGGACCGGGGCGAAACUGACCUUCAUCCUUUGACCCUAAUUGGUGACCUUGGAAGACGAACCAGAAGUAUAUUUGCUGUUUGGCCCUUGACGGUGUUGUGACAAUUAAUACGUAUAUACCGAUCAGGGUGUGUUACAGACCAUGCGAAAAGUUGAGUUGAAAAUUAUCUCAGAAACGUGUCACGUGCAAAAUUGAAUCCAAACGCAUGAAGGUGGCGUGUGACCUUGGAACUUUGAGGCAAGUGCUCACGUUCCGAUAAACAUGUGUCAACCCUGCCGUAUAUGAGGAUGAGGAGCGGUUAGUGUUCGUGUUCAACAGGAAUUACGACUCCGUACAACUUGGUGAACAGCACUCGGGGAUGGAGGUGAUUAAAGAGAACAUUGAAAAGGAGUUCUUGCCUUGCGAUUUUGGUUUAAAUUUUUUCAUCUCUGACGAUUAAGUUUCGGAAGGUGUGUGAUCAACGAAAAUUUCAAGUUUAUUCUCUGUGUAUGUGAAGAUGUAGCGAGUAAAGUAAUUAUACUAUUAUAGGUAGUUUGAAAAUGUAACUCCCUUCAAAAUACGCAACGAGAAUUUAUAAUGAGCCUUACGGAUCGGUAGAUGAAAACGUGCAGAUUUUGUAAAAACAAAAAUCAUUAUUUUAACUGCAUCAUCGACGAAAAAUUCUUAUCGCUAGAUAUGUUUAAUUAAAAAAUCACUGACCGUUUCAACACGGAUUACCAGCGAUAUGGAAAAGUAUGAGAGCUUGGAAGUUGUCGGCGAGGGAAGUUACGGCGUUGUCAUGAAAUGCAGACAUCGGGACACGGGACAGAUUGUGGCGAUAAAGAAAUUCCUCGAGACUGAAGAGGAUAUUCACGUUCGUAAAAUGGCACUUCGAGAAAUUCGUAUGCUUAAGAAAUUGCGGCAUGAAAAUCUAGUGAAUAUGAUCGAGGUAUUUCGUCGACGCAAACGGUUUUACCUAGUUUUCGAAUACCUGGACCACACAUUACUCGACGAAUUAGAGGCAGUCGGAACCGGCCUUGGAAUAGAUGUUUCUCGUCGUCAUAUAUUUCAAGUUCUUCGAGGGCUGAAUUACUGUCACACGAACCAUAUUAUGCACCGAGACGUGAAACCUGAGAACGUCCUCGUGUCUCCAAACGGCAUUGUCAAGCUGUGCGAUUUUGGCUUUGCCCGAAUGUCACCCGGACCGAAUGAGUCCUGCACGGAUUACGUCGCGACAAGGUGGUACCGGGCCCCCGAACUUCUGGUAGGGGAUUCCCACUACGGCAAGAGAGUCGAUGUUUGGGCCGUCGGAUGCCUCUACGCCGAGGCCGUCAACGGGGACCCCUUAUUCCCAGGGGAUAGCGACAUCGAUCAGCUCUAUCAGAUCAUGAAACUUUUGGGUAAUCUUUGUCAGAAGCACCAAACGAUGAUGGUGAGGAAUAACAAUAUGCGUGGAAUGAGACGAGUAGCUACAGACAUCUGUACGAUGGGGAACAUCCGAUCACUACGUUCAAUUUUUCCGUCUUGGCCAUCGACGACGAUAGACUUCCUGUCUCAGUGUCUGAGAAUGGACCCCGACAUGCGUCCGACUUGUGCGACACUGCUGGACCAUCCUAUAUUCACUCAGGACUCUUUUGCCGAGCGUUUUUUAGUCGAUCUUAAGGAAAUUAUAGCUAAGGAGAUAAUGGAUUGUCCCCUUACUCAGCAACGGUUGGAAUCCCGAAGAGUGACAGCCCAGCUGCCCCCUGAGAGACCAGCCAGAACUUGUCACAGCAGCACCGGGAGCUGGCAGAUGACCUUGAUCCGAGGCGGAGGCACUUGCAACACGAACAUGUGUCAGCCAGAAAUUGAACGAGCUCGUGAGUCCGUGGCGUCGAUCGAAAGGCCGCCUCUUCUCGCCAUGAACAGGGCCCGAGAGCCCUGCUAUUUCGGGCCCGUUUCCGUCGUCCCAAAUACGACUUACAUAAGACGCCUUGAACAUCGGGGCAUACUUGUUCCGGGUACCAAAGGAUGCUCCUUACCCGCUCUGGCCUCAAGGGAGUCCAGCCAUGCGAAAGAAAACACGAAGAGGAAGAGGGUCGAUCUGCCGCACGUGGACCGCUGA